UCUCUCACGGCACAACUCUGUGCCACGGCACAGUGGUUGGGAAACACUGCUCUAGAUUAGCAACUUAACUAAGACGUAACUCAUUACACCAGGGAAGUUUUUCAUCAAACUGAUCGAAUGCUGUCCUUCUAGUGUCUUUGAUGCUGCUGUUGUCCUCGGUAGCUGUUGGAAUCCUGCUGCUGCUCCUGCUGCUGCUGUUAGUGGUUCUCAUCAGGAGAAGACAACGACGAGCCAAGGAGCCUCUAGCUUUCAUCCACAGUCAAAUUGUUGACCAAGUCGGGAAUGCUUACCAGUGGGGAGACAGUGAGGGUGAUGAAGACGAUGCGCAGGACUAUGUGAAUGUUGAUCUAAUGGACACUAAUGUAAAAAUGAAAGGGGGAGCUGCAGGAGUGGAUGAAGAGGGAAGCAAUGACUAUGAGGAGCCAGUGUGUAAUGAUGAUCAUGAUUACAAGAAAGCAGGCCCCAAUUGCAUGAAGGCCUAUGUGAGUGUAAGUGAUCACAGAGAAGAUGAAGAUGAUGUAACUAGUGAUGAAGAAGACAACUAUGAGAAUGUAUCCCCACCCUCGCUGUAUGUAUCACCACCACCACCACCAGGUGUAGAUAAUGAUGAUGAAGAAGAAACUAGUGAUGAAGAGGACAACUAUGAGAAUGUAUCCCCACCCUCGCUUGGUGUACAUAAUGAUGAAGAAGAAGAAAGUAGUGAUGAUGAAGAGGACAACUAUGAGAAUGUAUCUUGACUAUCAGCAGUUCAUCAUCAUUGAUAAUAACUUGACCUAAAAUACAACUGCAACCAAAAAAUCUUUUGGCCAAUAGGUUUAAUUAGUUAGCUUGGUUUCCCGUAAUUGUAACAUACUACAUAAUAUAAAAAUAUAUAGAUGCCUUUUAUAUAGAUAUAAAAGGUAGACUUGCCUUCUGGGUCUGAAAGGUGAUGCCAUUGUGGAAGCCACUUAGACAUGAAUUUUGUUUCUAAUGGCCAACAGGAGGAGACUGCUUUUGUUGCAAAGGUGCGAUCUUGUAUGGAGGUCUGUGGCUUCCUUGCUGUUUGACCUCAUGACCUUAAAACCUUUCUGAUGUGUUUAUGGCCUCAAUUGCUAGGUUCAAGUUUAAAAUACUGAACACACAUGACUUUGUAAAUAAUCAUGUACAUUAGAGUCAAAACAAGGGUAAAGCAGGGUAAUCUUUAUCAUGAGAUUCACAAGUUGCUUGCUUCUGAUUGGGCUCAGUUUCUCAGUCAGAUCUGCAACAUGUUCAUGGUGCCCAGUUUUAAAACACCCAGACCAAAAUGGCAAAAUAGCUCAGCUUGAGGCUUCGCAGUAGGUGAUGUCGGCCAUGGGUGGGUUUAUGCAUACUUUAUAAACAGUGUUGGGAAGGUUAUUUUUAAAAUGUAUUCCAUUACAGAAUA